AUGAAUACUAGUACAACACAAGUUGAAUCGGGCAUCCAGUUAUUUACCAGAGUGAAUAGAAAAAACGAUCUCAACGGCAUAAACAGCCAUUACUUUCCAAAUGGUGGCCCUUUACCUAAUGAGUCUAUAGAAGUUAUGGGGGAUCUCAAACUUGAUAAAACGGACUUGCUCCUCGAUUUUAUAGUCAAAUGCAUUUUACCGAGUGAUCUCAACUCCCAAUGGAAAUCGUCCGGAGCAGUUUUGGUAAUUUGCGAACACCAAUUGAAUAUAUUUAAGAUAAUCAAAGUGAUCGAGGCUCAUCUGAAGCGCAACGACGUAUUGGACCCGAAGAAGGAAAUUCUCGAAAGCGCUUUGAAGAAUCUCACAAUAUUCAACUGCUACAGCCCGGAAGAUUUAGAUCUAGCAAUAAUGAAUCUCCAAAGGCUGAUUCUAGUAAAAGACAAUAUUAAUUUAGUUGUAAUUGAUAACAUUAGCGCUUAUUAUUGGAUAGCCAAGCAGAAAAGCAACAUCAGCUACUAUCACCACGCUCAACAAAUCUUUCAAAAAAUUAUCAGCGCUCUCGCAUCUUUAAAUGUAGAAAACAGAACACCAUAA